CGCACCGCUGCACACCGCCGGGGAGCCGCAGCUGCCCGCGCCCGGCGCCCGCUCCGGCCCGGGGGAGCCGCUCCGAGCGCGGCUGCCGAGGUGCGGACUCGGAGGAGCAGAUAUUUAUGCCUGGAGCAGAGAUACUUGGCUGGUUUUGCCUUACAAAGGUAAAAGGGACGUGAGAGCCGAGCAGGAAGGCGGAUUAUUUCUGCAAGGAUGAGCGGGCGUUGCUAGAGAUUAUCUGUGGUUCGGUCCAGCUGGAGCUGUCUGAAUGAAGCUAUGGGCUGUGCCUCCACCAAGCAUGUGUCUACUGUUCAAAACGAAGAGGAAACUCAGAAGGGCAAGAACUACCAGAACGGAGAUGUGUUUGGGGAUGAGUAUAGGAUCAAACCAGUGGAAGAGGUCAAAUACAUGAAAAAUGGGGGAGAAGAUGAUCAGAAAAUAGCAGCCAGGAACCAAGAAAACUUGGAAAAAAGUGCCAGUUCAAACACAAGACUUAAAUCUAAUAAAGAGAUCCCAGGAUUAGUACAUCAGCCCAGAGCAAACAUGCACAUCUCUGAAAGCCAACAAGAAUUCUUCAGAAUGCUUGAUGAGAAGAUUGAAAAGCUCUUCUUCUCCAGAAGCCCAGGUGAUACACCCAGCACACAGGAACAAUGGGAAAUAGUCCAGAGGUUGAGAUUUUGGGUCCUGCAUUUGAGGCACUUGUUUGAUGCAAGAUACCCUGGGUGGCUUGUACUGAACAGCUCAGCUCCAGCUGGUUUUGUGCAGGGAAACAAGGACAGUGGCUCCCAGCAGGUCCUUUCUUGCUGCUCUGCAAGAACUGGGUAGUGAGGGAUGGGAUGUGCCUUCUCCAGACAAUCCCAAGGGGAAUCCCCAGAGAGAUGCUGCUCCACACCCAUGUUUGGGAUGGGAUAGAUGGCAUAACAUGACUGGUCUGAUAAGAAAUGCGUGUUUUGUGAAGCUUAGGCUGAAUCCCCUGUAGUACAAGAAUAAUUUCAAUAUGAAUGGUAUCUUUUGCUCUGGGGCUAAAUUUUCGUGGAGGUUAUCAGAUAAGGGAUUCCUGUUCACAGCAGCUGCCUUGUGUUGCUCGUAGGAUUAUGUGCUUUGUUGCUUUUGCUUCAGAGAUUAUCCUUUCACAACAAAUCUCCAGGCUGUGUCCAAGGUGGAUCUUUACAUAAAGCAGGUUUGUAAAUCAGUUUGUUGGACCCCCCCCCUCCCUGGAAUUCAGUAUAUGGGGGAUGAUAUUUAUCAGAUUAAUAGUGACAGAAAGGGAAGUGUGUUCUAUCCUGGUUUCCUGCAAAUUCCUUGUGUCUAACAUUUCUACCCAGCUCUGAACUUCAACCCCCCCAAGUUUAGAGAACUGCUCUCAGUAAGUGUUCUCUGGAUUUAUUCCUGUGUGCUGUUUCUGUGUACCAACUGCCUGGCCUUUGUCC